GCCAAGUCCAGCUUACGACUCGAUCCGGAGCGGGAAAGCGACAUGGCAGCGCCAGCUAAGGCCGAGAACCUGUCCCUGGUGGUGCAUGGACCUGGGGACAUUCGUUUGGAGAAUUACCCAAUCCCUGAGCCAGGCCCAAACGAGGUGCUACUAAAGAUGCAUUCUGUGGGGAUCUGCGGAUCAGAUGUUCACUACUGGCAGAAUGGCCGAAUUGGAGAUUUUGUUGUGAAAAAGCCAAUGGUACUUGGGCAUGAAGCUGCAGGAACAGUCAUAAAAGUAGGAGAGAUGGUGAAACAUCUAAAACCAGGUGAUCGGGUUGCCAUCGAGCCCGGUGUUCCCCGAGAAACAGAUGAAUUCUGCAAGAUUGGCCGAUACAACCUGACCCCCUCCAUCUUCUUCUGUGCCACACCCCCGGAUGACGGGAACCUCUGUCGUUUCUACAAGCACAAUGCAGAUUUCUGCUACAAGCUUCCUGACAGCGUCACCUUUGAAGAAGGGGCCCUGAUUGAGCCUCUCUCUGUGGGGAUCUAUGCCUGCCGUCGAGGUUCCGUUUCUCUGGGGAAGAAGGUUCUUGUGUGUGGAGCUGGGCCAGUUGGGAUUGUCACUUUGCUUGUGGCCAAAGCAAUGGGAGCUUCUCAAGUGCUGGUGACUGACCUAUCUUCCUCUCGGUUGGCCAAAGCCAAGGAAGUUGGAGCUGAUUUCACCCUCCAGAUUGCCAAAGAGACCCCUCGGGAAAUUGCCAGUAAAGUGGAAGGCAUACUGGGAAGCAAGCCGGAAGUCACUAUUGAAUGCACAGGGGCAGAAUCCUCUGUCCAGACAGGCAUCUAUGCCACUCACUCUGGUGGGACCUUGGUGAUUGUAGGAAUGGGCUCCGAGAUGGUCAAUUUACCCCUCGUGCACGCAGCUGUGAGGGAGGUGGAUAUCAAGGGUGUGUUCCGAUACUGCAACACGUGGCCAAUGGCGAUUUCCAUGCUUGCAUCAAAAGUCUUGAAUGUAAAGCCUUUAGUUACCCAUAGGUUCCCUCUGGAGAAGGCUGUGGAAGCCUUUGAGACAUCCAAAAAGGGAGUGGGACUGAAAGUUAUGAUCAAGUGUGACCCCAAUGACCAGAACCCCUAAUGUGAAUUCAUCUGUGCCCUCAGCUUACCUCUCAGCACCUAAAUGGCUAGGAAUGGGAGGC